AUGAUUAUCUUCAGGCAUAGAAAAGGCUGUCUUAUCACUGUUCUACUCUGCAUCUUUGUGUUACAUACUGGACACACUGGACAGCUAUUCUCCAAGUCACUUGUUGAUUUGGCAAAAAUUGCCCUUCGGCUGCUGGGCGGGAAAAUCUUUCCAAGUCAUUGUGCAUGUAUCAAAUGUAUGACUCAGCCGGAUGAUGACCUCUGGUUUCAGAAGCGCUUCAUCAGAUCUAUCAAACCAUUUCUGACCAGAGAGAACAAUAAACUUAAUGAAGAUACCAGAGCAUGGUGGGGGAAAUUGCAGGAUGACCGUAGCACAGCCACCUUCAGCGAGGUGGUGGAGAAGUUGUUCCAGGUCAUCCCUGAUGCUGACCUUUACAUGGACGCGGGCCCUGAGCGCUGUAGGACCUGUGCUGUGGUGGGGAACUCUGGGAACCUUAAGGGCUCCCACUACAGAGCCCUCAUCGACUCCAAUGAUGUCAUCAUAAGAAUGAACAUGGCUCCUACCUUUAGCUAUGAGGAGGAUGUAGGAAGCCGCACCACACAUCAAGUCAUGUACCCAGAGAGUGCUAUUGAUCUGGACAACACCACCAGGUUCCUGCUGAUCCCUUUGAAGACUCUGGACCUUCAGUGGCUACCCGGCGCCAUCACCAAUGGAUCUAACAUCACGUACUCAUAUUUACCUCUUAGACCAAAGAUAAAGGCCAACAAAGAUUAGGUCUUGGUUCUUAAUCCUGCAUUUAUGAAAUAUGUUCACGAAGUCUGGCUUGAUUAUCAAGGCAUAUACCCCUCCACUGGAUUCAUGGCUUUAUUAUUAGCCGUACACUUGUGUUGUGACAAGGUGAAUGUGUAUGGAUUUGGUAAAGACAAAGAUGGUCACUGGCACCACUACUUGGAAGCACCAACCAAUAAAUGGCUCAAAACUGGAAUACACGAUGGAAACUAUGAGUACAAGGUCGUCAUGAAGCUCUCGGAAAAAUUCAAACUACAGAUAUAUUAAGUGAUUUUGAUAACUCAUCCAGAUGAUUUAAUUCACAGCUGUAUGCUGCAAUAAUCUAUUGAAGAAAGUCAUCAAAUAGGUGUUAGCCUAUUGUCUACAUUGCACAGCAUUUACAUUAUUUUAACCUUAUCCUUUUAUCUGCACUACCCAUUUUGGUUUUGCAUGAACUUGAACAAUGGACCUAUUGUGUCCGUUUGAACUUAAAGUAAUCAGCAGUUAUUAGCCAUUAAAUCAAAUGGCUCCCUUGUAGUAAAAUAUUUAGAGUUGUACAUG